AACCACACCCUCACCUGCGAGGUGUGUCUGGCUGCUCAGCACCUGGUUGUCCUUCUAAAUUGCGGAGAAACUGGUGGAAGUUACUUUUCAAUAGUUUCAGUUACCGCGAUUUCUAUUUUCUGCCAUUCUGGAUACUGUUUUAAAAAAAAAUGGGCAAAAGGAAACCCUGGAGUAUUUUCUACACCCACGGUUAGUCCCACGGAAAAGUGGGUGAACAAAAAACACCAUGAGAAACCCAGGAAGAGGAGUUGACGGAGACAAAGUCGGUAAAUCCGAGAAAGACCAGAGUUGGAUCCCCAAAAUCGUCAAGAAACGAGUGUGCACCACCUUUGUGGAAAGUUCUUUAAGUAAUGGCGCUCUGUGUCAGUGCGGCGGCAAAAGAGACUCCCACGGCUCCGUGGCUCUCGGUGACUACUUCAGCACGGCCAUCGUCAACCGCUGGGACAGCGCCCAGCACUCCUCUGAGUACCCGACGGAUGCCUUCGGAGAGUUGCAGUUUGCAGGAGCCAGCAAGCGGCACAGCUAUUUCCUGCGUCUCUCGUGGGACACCGCCCCGUCCAUGGUCUACACCCUGAUGACCGUCCACUGGGGUCUUCCUGCACCCAACCUGGUGGUUUCUAUAGUGGGCGGAGAAGGGAGGACAAAGGUGAAGACUUGGGUACGGGAGGUCCUGAGGCAGGGACUGGUGAAAGCCUCACAAAGCACAGGAGCAUGGAUCCUGACUGAAGGCCUGCGAGAAGGCGUUGGCCGGUGUGUUGGAGAGGCGGUGAGGGAUCACGCAACCGCGGCCUCCUCGGUGUCCCUCAACAGGGUGGUGGCGCUGGGUAUCGCUCCCUGGGGCCUGGUGGACAACCGAGAGCAGCUGGUCAACCCUGAGGGCAGCUUUCCUGCUAAGUAUUACGUCAAGAACACGUCCCGGGACUCCCACUGCCUGGACAACAACCACCAGGCCUUCCUGCUGGUGGACGAUGGCAGUGUGGGACGCAGAGGAGAGACGGGGUUCAGGGCCAAGCUGGAGGACUUCAUCUCCCACCAGCGCACAGGCAUCUGGGGCAGCGGCAGCAUUGACAUCCCCGUCCUUUGUAUGCUGAUCUCAGGGGACGCAGGAAUGCUGGAGAGGGUCGAUCUCUCUCUCAAAAGCUCCAUGCCCUGGCUGGUGCUGGCCGGCUCCGGAGGCCUGGCCGACUUCUUGAGCGACAUCCUGGACAAUCUGUCACCAGCGGCGGCCGCCCAGUCGUCCGGGGAGGGAGGCGGCGACGCGUCUCCCGGCGUGGAUUUGAAAGACAAAGUGGCAGAACGGGUCAAAAAGCACUUCCCUGCUGAAAAGGAGCCGGACAAACUAGUCGACCGGGCUCUGAGCAUCUACCAGAUGAGAGACUUUAUUACUGUCUACCAUGGAGAGCAGGAGGGCCCAAAUGACUUUGACACAGUGCUGCUCAAAACAUUGGUUGGAGCUAGUAAGCAUCAUGCGUCCGUUAAUGCCAGCCCUUACAACGAAGAGCUGAAGCUAGCGGUCACAUGGAACAGGGUUGACAUUGCCAAGAGUGAACUUUUCAAUGGAGACAUCCAUUGGACGUAUGAGGACUUAAAAGACUCCAUGACGGAUGCCCUGAUCAACGACAAGCCUCAGUUUGUGCGUCUUUUCACCGAGAAUGGCCUCAACAUUCUGGACUACCUGACUUACGGCCGGCUGGAAAGUCUUUACGGCUCCGUGGCUGAAGGGACGGUGCUUUACCAUCUACUUCAGCGCCACCUGGUGGAGCGGCUUGGAACUGCACCGUCAAACCAGCAGAACUUGCCUUCCAAAUUGGUGGCAGAGAACCUACAGAUUGGACCAGUGACUGAGAUUACCCUAUUUGAGGUUGCAAAGGUCCUGGAGCUUUUGAUGGGUGACAUCUGCCAGCCAUUUUACUAUGACGCAUUUGGCUUAGAAGAUAUCUCCUCUAAAAGUAGAGCACUUAGGCGUGCAAGCAAGCUGCUGCAUGGAGAAUGCCCUUAUCGAAAAGAACGCUGCCUCUCCCCCUGGACCUCACUCUUCAUCUGGGCCGUCCUGCAGAACCGCAGCGAGAUGGCAACUUUCUUCUGGGAGAUGGCAGGAGAGUCGGUGCUCAGUGCUCUGAGUGGCUGUAAGAUUCUGAGGGAACUGUCCAAGUUGGAGAUGGAGACUGAGAACAAGUUGUCCAUGAAGGAGCUGGCCCAGAGGUUUGAGAACCUGGCACAUGACAUGUUCAGCUCUUGCUAUCGGAGCAAUGAGAGUCGCUCUUUCACCCUAUUGAUUAGGAAAUCUACAGUUUGGGGCGGUACCACUUGCCUCCAGAUGGGCAUGGGCGCUGACGCACGACUGUUCUUCAGCCACGACGGAGUGCAGUCUCUGUUGUCCCAGAUCUGGUGGGGGGACAUGAAGAGGAACACUGAUGUGUGGAAGUUCCUGCUCACCUUCUUUUGUCCCUUCCUCUGCUACACCAACCUCAUCUCCUUCAGGAAGCAAGAGGACCAGCAUCAAGGGCAGGACGAGAAGCCUAAUGAGGACGGAUUGGGCAAGGACAGCGACAGCCUCUAUGGCCACACCGUCUUCUCUUUCUCAGACAUCAAGCACACUGACUCUGAUGAACAAGGUCCUCCCAGGACACCAACCAUUAAAGGGAGACGCGUCUCUUACAGAGCCCCCAAGCGUCCGUUCAUAGUGUCGAGAUGGCGUCAGUUCUGGUUCGCCCCCGUCACCGCAUUUCUGGGCAACGUUCUGAUGUACUUCCUGUUCCUCCUGCUGUUUGCCUGGGUGCUGUUGGUGGACUUCAAGCCCCCGUCCUCUUCUGGUCUGGCCCUCACAGAGAAUGUGCUGUACUUCUGGGUAUUCACCAUCGUGUGUGAGGAGAUCCGGGAGAUAUUCUUUCUGGGGACGAGGACUUGGCGUCAGAGGGUCAGAGUGUAUAUUCAGGAUGUGUGGAACAUGUGUGACCUCAUUGCCAUCCUGCUGUUCAUCGUGGGAGUAAUCUGCAGGACGUUCACAUGGUCUUAUGGAUUUGGCCGGGAUGUCAUGUGUGUUGACUACAUGGUCUUCACCGUCCGUCUCAUUCACAUCUUUGCCAUUCACAAGCAGCUGGGACCAAAAAUCAUCAUCGUUGGCAAGAUGAUGAAGGACAUCUUCUUCUUCCUUUUCUUCCUGAUGGUGUGGCUCCUGGCGUACGGAGUAGCCAAUCAAGCUCUGAUUUACGCCUACGACCCGAGCUUGGAGCGCAUCUUUCGCCGGGUUUUCUACAGGCCGUACUUACACAUCUUUGGACAGAUCCCCGUGGAAGAGAUGGAUGUUGGGAAGGAGUGGGACAUGCCGUGCACAGACAACAUGACACUGAUUGAGAGCGGUCAGGAGCCCUGCAGGACUCUGCAUAGUAACUGGCUGGUGGUGAUUCUGCUGGUUGUUUACCUGCUGGUCACCAACAUCCUGCUCAUCAACCUUCUCAUCGCCAUGUUUAGCUCCACCUUCUCUGAAGUCCAGGCUAACAGCGACAUCUACUGGAAGUUCCAGCGCUACACGCUGGUGGUCCAGUACCACUCCCGUCCUUCCCUGGCUCCUCCUUUCAUCAUCCUCUCUCACCUCAAUCUCUUCAUCAAAAGGGUCAUCCGCAAAGUGCCCUCCAUCAAGAUCCAACAUUUUGUGCUGGAGUUGAAAGGGAAAGACGCCAACAAGCUAAAGACGUGGGAAACCAUUCAGAAGGAGGACUUCUUGACGGCCCAGAACAAGAUCCAGAAAAGCAGUGACUCGCAGAGGCUCAAACGGAUGUCUGUCAAAGUGGACGGUGUGUUUAAACAUAUGACUGAAAGCAGAGACGUUGACCACAGGCUGAGGGCUUUGGAGAACGAGAUGGAGUACUGCUCAAAUGCUCUCAGCUGGAUCAUUGAUACUUUGGCACAAGGCAGCACUUUUAAACCUCCUCGUCCUCCUCCCGCAUCAAGAGAUGUGUUCCUCUCUUCUAAGUCCACCUGAUCCAGCUGCGGUGAUGCGUUCACUUUCUCAGGGCCAGUACAACAAGUUUUUAAAUGCUUUUACUUUUUGUUGCUACACACCCAACUAUGUUAGUCACUGGACUGAGUCACCAAAUAUUCUACCUUCUAUACUUAAAGUGUAGCAGCCAUCACUUGUUAAAGUAUUGAUGAAAUGCAAAAACGGAUAUUUGAAAUGUGCAAUUGAUAUUUAAAUGCCAAAGUAAAGUCUUUGUAUUCAUGAAAUAGCAUGAUAUAUUUUGGGGAUUCUAAUAUAGUCAAUUGUAAGGUGUCUACGUUGAAGCUACUAUUACUGUUUUACAGACGUUGUGUACUGUUACCGUAUACAUUUUAAGCCAUUUAUUUGUAUUGACACAUUCAUUCUGUUCAAUAAAGGGCCGAUGCCGAAUGAAUGACUAUAAUAAUGUUAAUAAAAUAACGCGUAGGAGACUACAAAAACUGCACAGUCCA